AUGGAGAACAACAUAUCAUCCAGGCCACAGUUGCCUCCGGUCUUCCUCCUCAAAACGCCCUCGUCUCCGCGGGAUUUAUACGAGGAGUACUUUUUCAAAAACGCCUUUGCCUUUCGGUCGAGACAACAAUCGAACCCGCCGACUGAUACGACUGAUGCGCAUGACUCUGAACAUAUCAAGUAUGAUCCGGUCUUCGUGCCGGUAUUUUCGCAUAGUUUCCAUACACAGAAUUUAGAUAUUGUGAAGUCCUAUUUCAUGCCCACGACGACGGAAAACGAUCGCAUCAACGGGAAGGAGGCAUCUUUGCGCAAUGCGUUCAGCGGAAGAGGGGGAAUAUAUGGUGGGCUUAUAUUUACGAGUCAGAGGGCUGUGGAGGCACUGGGGCAUAUUUUGGAGCAUGGGGGUAUUCCAGCUGAGAUAAUGUCCUCCACCUCAGAAGACCUGAUUCUGUACACCGUCGGUCCUGCGACAACACGCACCCUGACGCCACUCCGCGACAAAUUCUUACCCUUCGCAACGAUAUACGGUGACGAAGCCGGCACUGGCGAAAACCUAGCACAUUUGAUUCUCAAACACUAUAACAAACUCUACCCAUCAACAGCAGAAGACGGCAACCAAAAACCCGGAUUGUUAUUCCUAGUUGGCGAACAGAGACGAGACAUCAUACCCCGAACGCUCAUGAGCAGCACCUUGGAUGAGAACCAGCGCAUAAACAUUGACGAAUUGGUCGUUUACGAAACGACUCAAAUGGAAGGAUUUGAGCCUGCGUUCCAAGAUGUCGUUCGAAAGGCGGAGGAAUCGUUGAAUGAUGAGCGGACCCCGCUGUGGACAGUUAUUUUCUCACCGACGGGCUGUGAUGCUGUCCUCAGGACGUUGAAUAUUCUCGACGAGAAUAACAAAUCCACAGGAAUUGAUCCGUCAAAGAGGAAAUGCCGAGUGAUCACAAUUGGGCCCACGACGAGAGACUAUCUCAUCACGAAAUAUGGAUUUGAGCCUGAUGUUGUUGCUCGAAAACCGACGCCAGAGGGCAUUGGGGAAGGGAUUAAGGAGUAUCUCUUGGCGAUGAAGGUGUAG